AUGGUUGGGGAGAAACCCGGGACUUUACAACUCUCCGAAGCCACCCCGUUGCUGCACACGGCGGCGCGUAUCGUGUCUGCGCAGGAAUGUCUGCAACAUCAGCAUCUCCUCCGAUGUUUCGUGAACUUGAAGCAGACCGUAUCAAGAAAAGAGGGUCUAUUUAGGUCCGAACAUGUCCACGACAUCAAUACGGAACCAGACCAGAGGACUCGACAAACAAUCGUGGAGGAACGCCGAUGGUCAAUCUAUGUCUCCCGGGCUAUCCAUCGAUUCUCCGUAUGGUGGACUUGCCUACGAAUCCUGCGCACACCGGGUUUUCUAUCAGGCCAGGAUACCGAAAAACCAUACUGGACGACGGAUCGGAUGCCUCCACUAGAUAUUUUGAUGGUCCUCCAUGCAUUGACCUUACAUAGCAAAGCGUUCGGCGAGGAUUGUCUUCGGCACCAUAAGAUGGCCCUCUGGAUGGAAGGCUUCCCCCUCCAGCUCGUCUCACAGUGUAUCGAUCGGGAGAGCUUCACGUAUACAUGUUCCGAAUCCGCCAAGGUGCACUUCGAGGAGACGAACAAGCUAGCAUGGGACAACCUUGCCGACCCUGACGACGUUGCAAUCGAGUGUUUCCGAUGUCGACAACUAACUCGGGUGCCGUGGACGACGCGGCGCCAAAAAGGCCUCGCAGAUGAUAAGUUUAACCAGCAAUGCCAAUUCUGCAAGUUUAUUCUACGAAGAGACGGCCUCUUGGUCCAGAAGCUCCGGCGCGAUGUGCACUUGCUCCUGGAGGAAGAUACUCCAUUGCCGGGGACGUGUCGGUUUGUUGGCGAUGACGGAACUGUUGCUCCCAACAAUGCAGCAAAUGAGCUCCUGAAACAGUCUUUGGGGAUGUUGCUGCUGGAGGAGACGCGCCCGAGCAAUCUGUUCCCCGACAUGGCUGAGAUAGUUGAAGCUAGCAGAGAGGCAGUUGGGGAACAGUCUCUGCCCAUGCUUCAUGAUGUCUUUGAACACUACCAAUACACGGCCAAUUCCUCAUGUGAUUUGCAUGCCGCUGUGAUGAGAGUGACACGGGUGGCGUCCGCGGUGCAGAACGUGGAUUGGUCCGAGGACGAUCUAUACGGACCACUGCUCGGGACCCGGUACGUUCGCUUCCUGCGAGAGCAAAGCAAGGGAUUCAGGGAUCCUGCUGUCGACAGUAGGAACGGUGGUAUAGUCGCCCUUGUGUUGGUCUGGAGCACGCAUCAGCUGGGGACCCGUUCUUAUUGUGCAUUUUCCCGACGUGCAAGCAAUGGCAUGCUGGUGGAUUGGGAGCCAGCUCAUGACUCGGCGGCAUGCGAUCUCUGUCAUACGUUACACCCUCCUUCAUUCGCCCGUCGGUUUAUCCGGGGCCUCAUGUCCGUGUCCGUCUGGAAGGAUUUUCUAUCUUCUUAUUAG